AUGCGCCUUCUGGAUACUACAACUCUCGAGCUUCAUGAAUUUCCGGAUGCUACCCGAUGUCCACCUUACGCUAUUUUGUCGCACGUUUGGAUGUCCGGGUCUGAAUCGACGCUGCAGUGCUGUGCGUUUGCAAGUGCGAACGGGUACCGCUACAUCUGGGUCGACACCUGUUGCAUCGACAAGACGAGCAGCGCCGAGCUCUCCGAGGCGAUCAACUCUAUGGGCGAAUGGUAUGCGAAGGCCGACGUUUGCUACGUGUACCUCCACGACGUCGACGCUCAAGAGAAUCCACGGAGACUAGGCUCUCGUUUCCGGCGCUGCAAGUGGUUUACGAGAGGAUGGACACUGCAAGAGCUCCUUUUCCCGGACCGAGUCGUCUUCUUGUCCAGCGACUGGCAGACGUCGCUCGGUACCAAGACGUCGCUGUGCCAAGAGAUAGAGGAAACUACGGGAAUCGCGAGCGACGUCCUGACUGGUCGACGCGACAUGCAAUCGGUCUGCGUUGCGGUGCGAAUGUCGUGGGCGUCACGGCGAGAGACUACCAGGCUUGAGGACGAGGCCUAUUGUUUGCUGGGC